GUUAUCAGACAAUCUACUAAGUCCCUCUCUCAAUUCGAAAAAUGGCCCAGGAAACGUAUUGGGCCGUGAUACAUGAUGGUCCACAUUCAGCCCAUCCACAUCCCACUAUCAAGUUCAAUCCCCACCGUCCAAAGUUAGGGCAAAACUUCGCCUCUCUCUUCUCCUAACCUUUCUUAGCAAUCCUUUGCCAGCUGAGGAAUGCUAGGUAGGAGUAGAAAGACAAUUUAUCCCAAAGUGAAUCUCAAUCUAUUUUCGGGGUAAAUUUUUUUUGACCGUAACAUUUCUGUUGCCAGAAAACCCAAUUAUCUCUCUCUCUCUCUCUCUCUCUCUAUCUCUCUCUCUGGUGCUGAUGCCGAAGCUAUAGGGCUUUCUUUUUCCUUCAACUCAAUUCAGCCCUCUUCAGCUCUAGAGAACCCUAAAAAAAGCAAACACCCACAAACGCAGGUACACUCAGUAAAAUUCUUGCAAAACCCCAUCAGAGAGCAAGACAACGGACUCGAUCUCCUGAAAAUGGCCUCAAAAGUCCCGCUCAGAAACCUACCGAGUCUCUUCUCUCUCAUCCGAAACCCUAUCUCGCGCAACCUCUCUACAGCCGAGACCCAACCCCAGAAGCUGGAGCGAAUAGCGGACGAGCUCCUCAGCCUCAACAAGUUUGAGAGAUUCGAUUACUCGGUCCUGUUCCGCCACAAGAUGGGCCUCAACAACUAUGGCCCGGCCGUAUCGGGCCCAUCGCCCGCGGCUUCGUCACCGUUAGCCGGGGCUGGAUCGGCGGACGUGAAGGCGGCGGAGAAGACGGCGUUCGACGUGAAGCUGGAGAAGUUCGACGCGGGGGCGAAGAUCAAGAUCAUAAAGGAGGUGAGGAGCUUUACGGAAUUGGGAUUGAAGGAGGCCAAGGAUUUGGUCGAGAAGGCUCCGGUUGUGGUGAAGAAAGGGGUUGCCAAGGAAGAGGCGGAUUCGAUCAUGGAGAAACUCAAGGGGUUGGGUGCCACUGUGGUGUUGGAAUGAUCUCUAAUUUACUCAUAUUUUUUGAGAAAGAAAUUUUGGUUUCUUGCUUCUUUGUGAUUUUAUUGUAGAACAACUUUCUUCUUUAUGAUAUGAGAGAGAGAAUGAAAUGCAGGUGUUCAAUAA